AUGGUGAAGGAUUGCAAUUAUAAGGACAAUGAAGACAUGAUCAGGGAUAGGAUUGUGUUUGGAAUAGUAUCACAAAAAAUCCGAGAAAAACUCAUUAAUAUGGGAGAAAAUUUGACCUUGAGCAAGGCUAUUCAAAUAUGUCAAAGCUUUGAAUAUGCUCAAGCACAACUGCGCGAAAUGCAGGCACCAUCGCAAGGAGCAGCCGUUAAUGUGGUUCGUUCAAGAAGGGUUACUGGUCAUAACACCUCAGGCCAGCCUGGUCACAAUUCCUCAGGCCAGUGGGAGCAGAGAAGACAACAGCGCGUCACUUUGGGAGAAGACGUUACCCGGACUUGCCAAAAUUGUGGGCGGAAACACCAACAACAACACCAGUGUCCCGCAAAGGGAAAACAAUGUCACAAAUGUCAAAAAUGGAACCAUUUUGCAUCAGUGUGUAGAAGUGUAAAUGAAGUUAUUGACAAUAACAAUUCUUGUACUCAUGAUUUCAAGGAUUUAGUGAUUGACAAUGUGGAGUCCACUGUUAGGAAUGGGCAGGUAUUUGCAGAGUUCAAGGUAGGUCCUUCCAAUUUGUCCGUACAGUUCAAGAUUGAUACUGGUAGCCAAGUCAAUAUAUUGCCAUACAAAACCUUUAGAGACAUAGGCAUAAAGUCAGUUCUAGAAGCCUCACAUUCAAAGCUUUCAGCCUAUGACGGAAGCACGUUAAAUGUAAAGGGAUGCAUUACUUUGAGGUGUAAUCAUCCUGGAACUGGCCAAACAAAGGAUGUUUACUUUCAUGUAGUUGACACACAUUCAAGUCCUUUGCUAAGUCUCCAAUCAUCCCUUGACUUUGAACUCAUAAAUCUCACAUACACAGUUAUGUCAGAUUCCCAGGUCAACCCCCUCACUAAAGACAUGGUAUUAAAGGAAUACAAGGAAGUGUUUGAUGGCAUUGGUCUGCUAGCCGGUGAAUGUAAGAUUCACAUUGAUCCCACUGUCCAGCCUGUGGUGCAUCCCCCAAGAAAGGUCCCUAUAGCAUUACAAGAAAAGGUCAAGGAUGAGUUACUCCGCAUGGAGUCAUUAGGUGUCAUCGAAAAGGUCAAUGAACCCACUGACUGGGUUAGUUCAAUGGUCGUUGCCGAAAAAGCCAAUGGCAAAAUUCGUAUAUGUCUGGAUCCGCGUGACUUGAAUAAGGCCAUUCAACGUCCACAUUACCCUUUAAGAACUCUGGAUGAUAUAUUGCCUCAGCUUUCAGGCGCAAAGUACUUCACAAAGCUUGAUGCUAGGAGUGGUUAUUGGGCAUUGAAACUUGAGAGAGAGUCAUCGUUCCUUACAUGUUUUAACACCUUAUAUGGAAGGUACCGAUAUGUCCGAGUUCCCUUUGGUCUGAAGUCAAGCGGUGAUCUUUUUGUGCAAAAGAUUGAUGCUUGUCUCGAAGGUCUAAGUGGCGUAGCUGUCAUCGUGGAUGACAUACUAGUGUAUGGGUCAUCUAGAGAGGAACAUGACUCCAAUCUUAGAGCAGUCCUAAAGAGGUCUCAUGAUGAAGGAAUUCGUUUUAACGAAACCAAACUCGAGGUCGGGGUAUCAGAAGUAGACUACUUUGGUCACCUUCUCACAUCAGAUGGUUUGAAAAAAUCAACCUCAAAGACAGAGGCUAUACAGAAAAUGAAGCCACCCAAAAAUAAAUCAGAACUUGAAACCAUAUUAGGUAUGGUAAACUAUCUGUCUAGAUUUGCCCCAAACUUGGCAGAUGUAACAGCCCCUCUGAGACAAUUACUGUCUAAAGAAGUUGAAUUCUGUUGGGAAACUGCACAAAGUGAUGCAUUUGACAAAAUGAAACAAAUCAUCACAGACCCGAAUCAGGUUUUAUCCUAUUAUGACAAAAGCAAGCCAUUAACAUUGCAAGUUGAUGCCUCCAAGUUUGGUCUCGGAGCAACAAUAAUGCAAGACGGGAAGCCACUUGCAUAUGCAUCAAAAUCACUCACACAAACUGAGGUCAAUUACGCACAAAUUGAGAAGGAAAUGUUUGCUAUUUUGUUCGGCUGCAAGCGGUUCCACCAUUUUGUUUAUGGUCACAAAGUCAACGUGCAAACUGAUCAUUUGCCGUUAGUUUCUAUUUUCAAAAAAUCAAUAAACACAGCUCCUGCACGAUUGCAGCGUAUGCUACUACAGCUACAGAAAUAUGAUCUUGACAUCAAACAUUAUCCAUCCAAACAAGUACCAGUUGCAGACACACUGAGCAGGAACUUUCUAAAUGAAACGUUCCCUGAAUUGUCACAAGGCAUGGACAUGCAGGUACACAUGGUUAUGUCUCAUUUACCUGUAUCUGACAGAAAAUUGAAUGAAUUGAAGGACAAAACAAGUCAAGAUGAGACUUUAGUAUUGUUGAAACAGACUAUACUUCAAGGUUGGCCAACCUCUAGAAAAAUGUGUCCGUCCCAGAUAUUGCCCUUCUGGAAUUUCCGUGAUGAGUUAACUUCUAUUGAUGGGUUAGUCAUGAAAGGAAAUAAAAUAAUCAUCCCCAUAUCAAUGCAGUCUCAGAUGCUUGAACUCAUUCACACAGGUCACAUGGGAGUUGAGAAAUGUCUCAGAAGGGCCCGGGAUGUUAUGUUUUGGCCAGGAAUAUCGGCUGAUAUUACCAAUCUCGUGUUAAAAUGCAACACCUGUUUAAAACACAGAAACUCGAACCCAAAAGAGCCAUUAAUUCCCCUUGAGAUUCCUGAUUAUCCAUGGCAAAUUAUAGGCACUGAUCUAUUCACCUGGGAAAACAGGAACUAUCUUCUGAUAGUGGAUUACUAUAGCAGGUAUUUUGAGGUCAAGGAAUUGCCCAAUAUGAAAAGCACCACGGUCAUAAACAGAAUGAAAGGCAUAAUGGCCAGAUGGGGAAUUAGUGAGAAGGUUAUAUCUGAUGGUGGUCCCUGUUAUAUCUCUCAGGAGUUCGCUGAUUUUGCAAAAGAAUGGGAUUUCAAUCACCAGACAAUUAGUCCCUAUCACAGUCAAUCAAACGGUCUAGCUGAGAAAUAUGUGUCAGUUUGUAAGAAACUCCUUACAAAGGCUAAGGACGCUGGGCGUGAUCCUUUUAUUGGCAUAUUAGAAUACCGGACCACCCCUCUUGAGUCAGGGUAUUCCCCUGCGCAGUUAAACAUGGGCAGACAAUUGCGCUCUAUCCUUCCAACAUCUAAGGAAAAUCUAAUGCCCAAGGUGAUAUCUCCUAAUUUAGUCAGGCAGGGUAUUCAAGAUAGCAAACAGAAGGGGAAGAAAUAUUAUGACAGACAAGCAAGGUCACUAGAGCCCUUAACAUAUGGAGAAAAUACAAUGAUCCAACAAUUAAAUAAAACUUGGAGACCAGCCACUGUAGUUGACAAGUUAAAUGAAAGAUCAUACACUGUUCAGUGCCCAGAUGGGUCUAUGUACACACGAAAUAGGCGGGAUCUAUUAAAGACCAAUGAGCCCUGCCAUGGUCAAUUUGCAGAGCCAGAAAUACAGGAAAUGCCUUUAGGUCAAACACCUACCCAGACUGACAUCAAAGAUUCGGAAAGCCCUCUAAUUGGCAGUACUUCCUCUCCAUGUAUCAAUCACAAUCUUUACGUGACCAGGUCAGGAAGGGCCGUAAAACCAAAAGUAAUUGAAUCCAUGUGA